UGCUGAUCUGCUACUGCGGAUAGCUCAGAAUAACACGGCUGCUCGCUAAUUCCCGUCUAUCGGGGCUUUCGCCGAAACACCGAGAGAGUAUAGGGUCCAGAAAAAGCCAACAAGGCAGGCAAGAACACCGCGCCGCCGGAGUCCGCACCCCAGAAUGGCUUCAGGAGACCUUUACGAGGUGGAGCGGAUCGUGGACAAGAGGCGGAACAAGAAGGGUAAGUGGGAGUACCUGAUAAGGUGGAAAGGUUAUGGAAGUAAGGAGGACACAUGGGAGCCAGAGCAUCACCUACUGCACUGCGAGGAAUUCAUUGACCAGUUCAACAGCUUGAGACUGCACUCACACAAACGGCCCAAAGUUCCAAAAAAUCGUCCAGAGCCCCUCAUCACCAGCCAGCCAUCUGCUACAGAAAACUCCAGAGCUCGGUCUGAGGCCCGAAAGAAGAAAAGGACUUUUGGCCCAGCUGUUGGGGUUAGAGUAGGAGCUGUUCUAGGGAUUGGAAGUGGAGGGUCAGGACCCACUCAGAAGCAGAGGAAGGUGGGUCUUGGCCCUGGGAAACCUGCUUUAGGGGAAAGAAUAAGCAAAGCCAUGACAUACAAGGCUCCUCCCCCCGGAGGGCCACACUUUGUUCACCCAGUGAGGAUUCCUCAUAAUGGACUCCAGAAUGGAGACAUAGAUCCUCUCAUGUACAGGACAGCAGCAAGGUCACAUAGACUGCCCUCGGACAGAGUGGAUGGGGAACUAGGAGACAUGGAUAGCACUAGACAGCAGUUCGCCGCUGAGUCAGGCUCCCCUCUGGCCAAUGGCAAGAUGCAUCUACACAGCUCAGUAAAGCGGAAGUUGGCUGAGGAGAAAGGCUACGUGUUCGACAAGCGGCUCAGGUACAAUGUGCGACAGAACGAAAGCAACUGUCGAUUCCGAGACAUCGUGGUCAGGAAGGAGGAAGGCUUCACGCAUGUGCUGCUCUCCAGCCAAACAACAGACAACAACGCUCUGACACCAGAGAUCAUGAAGGAAGUGUGUCGAGCUCUGGGUAAUGCAGCUGCUGAUGACAGUAAAUUAUUAUUGCUCAGCUCCGUGGGGACUGUUUUCUGCAGUGGCCUGGAGCCGUCGUAUCUGAUAGGCCGUCUGUCCACUGACCGCAGAAAAGAGAGCAGCCGCAUCACAGAUGCCGUACGGGAGUUUGUGUUGGCAUUCAUCCACUUCAAGAAACCCAUUGUGGCAGCAGUAAACGGACCUGCUCUGGGCUUAGGGGCUUCCAUCCUGCCCCUGUGUGAUGUGGUGUGGGCCAGUGAGAGGGCCUGGUUCCAAACUCCAUGUGCAGCCCUCCACCUCACCCCUUCUGGAUGCUCCUCCUACACCUUCCCCCAGAUCCUUGGAGUAGCACUGGCCAAUGAGAUGCUGUUCUGUGGAAGAAAACUUACAGCACAAGAAGCAUGCAGUCGAGGUCUGGUGUCGCAGGUCUUCUGGCCAACCACAUUUAACCAAGAAGUGAUGCUGCGUGUGAAGGAAAUGGCAUCAUGCAAUGCAGUGGUUUUAGAAGAAUCCAAAUGCCUGGUGAGGAGUAUCCUCAUGCCAGUCCUGGAGGAAGUGAAUGACAAAGAGUGCCGGAUGCUGAAGCAGCUGUGGUGUUCAACCAAAGGACUAGAGGCACUCUUCAGUUACCUGCACAACAAGGCGUAUGAGAAGUGAUCAUCCACACCCAGAAAACCGAUGGCUGUGGGUCAAAGGUUAUCUACAGAGGGACAUCCAGGAUGAUAACGGUGUGAUCUCAAAUUGAAGGAAAGGUUGCAUUAAGGGUCUUGUUUCCAUCCAUCAGCAGAGGGGAUUCUCUGGAGUUUCUGUUCGCUUCCAUGUCUACCAACAUUAAGUGAUCAUCUUUUUCUUCUGUGAAUCAACAUAUAUUUAUUGGACCCAUAACUGUCCAGAUGUUUUAUUCUUCGAAUGAGUCAAACUGGAAAGGGCCAAAUGUGCAUUGCUUAAAUACACACUGAAG